GGGCGCGGCGCGCAGGCGCAGGCUCGGAGGGCGGGCGCGGGCGGAAUGGGGACUGCAGCUGCGGCAGCGGCGGCGGCGGCGGCGGCCGGGGAGGGGGCGCGUAGCCCGAGCCCCGCCGCCGUGUCGCUCGGCCUGGGCGUGGCCGUUGUGUCGAGCCUGGUGAACGGGUCCACGUUCGUGCUACAGAAGAAGGGCAUCGUGCGUGCCAAGCGGCGAGGUACUUCCUAUUUAACAGACAUUGUGUGGUGGGCUGGCACAAUCGCAAUGGCUGUUGGCCAGAUUGGAAACUUCCUGGCUUACACGGCGGUCCCCACGGUCCUGGUAACUCCCCUGGGCGCCCUUGGAGUGCCGUUCGGGUCCAUUUUAGCUUCCUAUCUCCUGAAGGAAAAGCUCAACAUCUUGGGCAAGUUGGGGUGCCUGCUAAGCUGUGCAGGCUCUGUUGUGCUCAUUAUCCACUCCCCAAAGUCUGAGAGUGUGACGACUCAGGCUGAACUGGAGGAGAAGCUGACCAACCCAGUGUUUGUGGGCUACCUGUGCAUCGUGCUGCUCAUGCUGCUGCUGCUCAUCUUCUGGAUCGCGCCGGCCCACGGGCCCACCAACAUCAUGGUCUACAUCAGCAUCUGCUCCUUGCUGGGCAGUUUCACCGUGCCUUCCACCAAGGGCAUCGGGCUGGCGGCCCAAGACAUCUUGCAUAACAACCCGUCCAGCCAGAGAGCCCUCUGCCUGUGCCUGGUGCUCCUGGCCGUGCUCGGCUGCAGCAUCAUCGUCCAGUUCAGGUACAUCAACAAGGCGCUGGAGUGCUUCGACUCCUCCGUAUUCGGGGCCAUCUACUACGUCGUGUUUACCACGCUGGUCCUGCUGGCCUCGGCCAUCCUCUUCCGGGAGUGGAGCAACGUGGGCCUGGUGGACUUCUUGGGGAUGGCCUGUGGAUUCACGACCGUCUCGGUCGGGAUUGUCCUUAUACAGGUGUUCAAAGAGUUCAAUUUCAACCUUGGGGAGAUGAACAAAUCUAAUAUGAAAACAGACUAGAUUGCAACAGGGGCUUGGAUGCUUCGAGGAACAGGCGUUGGAGGUGGUUUCUGGCCCUGAUUGGAUGUGAAGUAGAAGAGGUCCUCGAUCAUGGUGUUAGAGUUGACUGGAUAGUAACAGGUGGUCUGGUGGACAGCGGGGAGCAUGGCUCAGCACCAGAGCAGAGGCCCAGCCAGCCCUCUGCAGCCCAAAGGUGCCCAGCGGUUGCCUGGCACCAUCUCUCUCUGAUGAGACGAAUCUCAUUUUCAUUUCCAUUAACCUGGAAGCUUUCAUGAAUAUUCUCUUCUUUUAAAACAUUUUAACAUUAUUUAAACAGAAAAAGAUGGGCUCUUUCUGGUUAGUUGUUAUAGGAUAGCAGAGAUAUUUUUACUUAGACUACUUUGGAAAUGAGAGAUUGUUGUCUUGAACUCUGGCACUGUACAGUGAAUGUGUCUGUAGUUGUAUUGGUUUGCAUUAAGCAUGUAUAACAUUCAAGUAUGUCAUCUAAAUAAGAGGCAUAUACAUUGAAUUGUUUUUAAUCCUCUGACCAGUUGAGUCUUUGACCCCCACCCCCACCCAAGACAUUUUAAUAGUAAAUAGAGAGAGAGAGAAGAGUUAACAUGAUGGAGUGUUCCACUGGCAGGAUGACUUUUCAACAGCUCAAAUCAAUUUCAGUGCCUUUAUCACUUGAAUUAUUAACUUGAUUUAACUAUUACUGUGUAUAUGUUCUUAGAUUAGAAUAAUGUAACUUCCUUGAGUAUGCUCUAAUAUUUCAAUAUUCAAGUUAUAAAUGUAUAAGGCAGUUAGAAAUAAUACAGUCACGUGUCACCUAAUGACAGGGAAACAUUCUGAGAAACGCAUUGUAAGGUGACUUUAUUGUGUGAACAUCAUGGAGUGCACUUACACAAACCUAGAUGGGCCACCUGUUACCCACCCAGGCCAAUGGCACAGCCUGUUGCUCCUGGGCUACACACCUGUACAGCAUGUGACUGCACUGAAUACUGCAGGCAAUUGUAACACAGUGGUGAGUAUUUGUGUUUCCAAACAUACGAAGGGUACAGUAAAACUGGUAUUAUAAUCCUAUGGGACCACCGACGUGUAAGUGGUGUGUCUUUGACAGAAACAUGGCUAUGUGGUGCAUGACUGUAUAUUCAUUGGAAGAUAGUUAAGACUAAAGACGCAUUAGAGCAAAUGGACCCACUUAACAUGUGAUUAUUGUCCAAUUAAAGACAGUUGAUUUAAGUAGCA